AUGUUAACAGAUGAAAAACUAGUAACCUCAAGGAACGCUGUAUUAAAAUUUUUUAAUACAAAUAGUAAUGAAUACUCUGUAAUUUUUACUAGUGGUGCGACAGGGGCAUUAAAAAUGAUUGGAGAAUAUUUUUCUUGGGAAAAAGAAAGUUUAUAUUAUUAUUUAAGAAUCAAUCAUAAUUCUGUUUUAGGUAUUCGAGAAUAUAUAGCUGAGAUAGGAGGAUAUUUUAAAGCAUUAAAUGAAAAUGAAAUUUCCAAAAUAUUAUAUGAUAGAAAAAAAUCACAAAAAAAAAAUGACGUAAAUAAUCCAAUAAAUUGUUUAUUUGCAUUUCCAGCAAAAGAUAAUUUUGCUGGUGUUUUAUACCCACUUGAAUGGAUAGAAGAUAUAAAAAAAUAUGGUUUGAGUGAUAAAUGUCAUUGGUACGUGCUAGCUGAUGUAGCAGCAUAUGUGCCAUCUCAUAAAUUUGAUCUGUCAAAAUAUAUCUAUUUAGAUUUUGCAGUUGUCUCUUUUUAUAAAAUGUUUGGUUAUCCUACAGGUAUUGGGGCUUUAAUUGUUAAAAAUAGUAGUUCAAGAGUUUUUAAAAAAAUUUACUUUGGUGGAGGUAGCGUUGUAACAGCUGUAUGUGAUUCACGAAUAUGCAAAAGGCAAGAUAAAAAUAGUUUUUCACAUUAUGAAGAUGGAACACUCCCAUUUUUAGGUAUUAACGCAUUAUUAUUUGGGUUUGAUAUACUAUCAAAAAUAUCAUAUGAUAUUAUUACCAAUCAUAUUAAAGCCUUAUCAGAAUUUACAUUUUAUGAACUGAUAAAUAUUAGACACUCGAAUUUUACAAAAGUUGCUAAAGUUUAUCAUGCUUAUGAUUCUCCAUUAGAUGGUAUUAUUGCGUUUAAUUUAUUUGAUAUUAACAAUAAAUAUAUACCUUUUUCUCUAGUUGAAUCUAUUGCUGCAUUUAAUAAUAUCCAUUUGCGUGGUGGGUGCUUUUGCAACUCCGGUGCAUGUCAAGAUUAUUUAAAUUUGAAUAAUGAAGAAAUAAUCGAAUCAUACAAAGAUAAAAACAGUUGUACUGAAAACGGUUCCAGUGAUAAUAAACCUUUCGGUGCAAUCAGAAUUUCAUUUGGAUAUUUGUCUACAUUUAAAGAUUCUUUUGUAUUUAUUCAGUUUAUAAAAGAUAAUUUUGUAAAAUAA